UGCUUGCAGGUAAUGGGCAUAACCUUUCUAGCAGCCGGAACUAGUGUCCCUGAUCUCAUUACCAGUGUAAUUGUAGCAAGAAAAGGAUAUGGGGACAUGGCUGUGUCCAGUUCAGUUGGGAGCAAUCUUUUUGAUGUGACUGUGGGAUUACCAUUCCCAUGGCUGCUGAGUGCCAUAAUCUACUGGCGGCCCAUAUCUGUGGACAGCCAGGGUCUCUACUGCUCUGUGGUCCUCCUCUUCCUGAUGUUGUUAUUUGUGGUCUGCUCUGUAGCAGCAUUCAAGUGGAAGAUGAGUAAAGGCCUCGGGGUAGCCAUGUUUGUACUCUAUAGUGGGUUUCUGGCAACCAGUGUGCUGCUUGUUUUAGGGUUUUUUCAAUGCCCAUUUUGAUACAUAAAUAGUGGUGUUUGGGUCUGUCUCACUAUCAAUAAGCAAUGAAGGUAAUACUAAAAUGCUAAAACAAAGGCCGUCACAUCUAUUCCAUAUUUUAAGACAUCAUGAUAGAAAUUCUAAAUUAUACUGAGUAAGACAAAUGACAAAGACAAUCUGUGACUGCAUAAUUUAUUUGUAGUUCAUGUACAUGUAUAUGGAGAAAUAGAAUCUCUGUUUGUGAUGCAGUUUAUCAUAAUACAAUCCAGCAUGUAUGACAUUGCGGAUUUUAACCUUUGUGACUAGUCAGCAUUUAUGGGGUCUAGGCCAGUUGUGGAUCCAAGAUAUUACUGACAAUGCUGGUUGGCUCACUAUCAGAGUUU